GAAGCUGGCUGGAGCAUGAAGUGGAUCCUGGGCUUGAGCCUCGUCCUGUGCCUGGUAGUCCCGAUGGCCUUAGGUGCUUUGUACACCAAGGAGCCUCUCGUGGUCACCAGACACGGCAUCCUACAAGGAAAGCAAACACAUGUGGGAAACAUAACCGUCCAAGUCUUCCUGGGAGUCCCCUUCUCCAAACCUCCUGUGGGCACUCGCAGGUUUGCUCCUCCAGAGCCCCCACAACCCUGGACCGGCAUCAGAGACGCCACCACCUACCCACCUUCGUGCCUUCAGGAAACCUGGGGACAGGUAACCUCCAUGUACUUGAACACGAGGAAACAGUAUGAGUGGCUGCACUUCAGCGAGGACUGUCUCUACCUGAAUGUUUAUGCCCCAGUGCUAGCAUCUGGGGACCCUCUGCUGCCGGUGAUGGUUUGGUUUCCCGGAGGCGCCUUCCUCGUCGGCUCUGCUUCCACCUACGAAGGCUCGGAGUUAGCCGCUCGCGAGAAAGUGGUGCUGGUGUUUCUGCAGUACAGGCUGGGCAUCCUAGGCUUCUUCAGCACGGGCGACAGCCAAGCCCGCGGAAACUGGGGGCUGCUGGACCAGAUAGCGGCUCUACACUGGGUUCAGGAGAACAUCGAGGCCUUUGGUGGAGACCCGUACAGUGUAACACUAUUCGGUCAGUCGGCGGGAGCUAUGAGCAUCUCGGGACUGCUGAUGUCACCCCUUGCCCAAGGUCUAUUCCAUCGGGCCAUUUCCCAGAGCGGUACUGCAAUACUGAAAGUCUUCAUCACGUCUGAACCAUUGAAGGCAGCCAAGAAGGUUGCUCAUGUGGCUGGCUGCGACCACGACAACACAAAGAUCAUGGUAGAAUGCCUGAGGGCUCUAUCAGGGAAUGAGGUGAUGCACGUUUCCAAGAGGAUGGCAUUCUUUCAUGUCAACCUCAAGAAAGAUCCAAAUGAUAUGGUAUGGUUCCUGAGCCCUGUGGUGGAUGGUGUGGUGUUCCCAGAGGACCCUGUGGUGCUCCUGACCAGCCGGCAGGUUACCCCUGUGCCCUACCUUCUAGGUGUCAACAAUGUGGAGUUCGAGUGGAGCUUGCCUUUUCUCUUGAAGCUCCAGCUGACUCAGCAUGCAAUGAACGAAAAAUACAUCACCAAACUGCUUUGGAGUUCCAGCACCCUGCUGAAUAUCACUAAGGAGCAGAUCCCACUGGUGAUGAAGGAGUACUUGAUCGACGCUGCCGUUAAGCAUGACUGGAAGACGGUCCGCAACCACUUGCUAGAUCUAAUUGGAGAUGCCACCUUCGUGUACUCCACCCUUCAAGCUGCACACUACCACCGGGAUGCUGGCUUUCCUGUCUAUCUGUAUGAGUUCAAGCACCGUGCUCCUUCAGGCAUAAUUGUCAAACUUCGACACGAUGGGGCAGACCAUGGAGACGAGCUUUUCUAUAUCUUCGGAAGCCCUUUCUCCAAAGGCUCAUCCACCAGUGAGGAAAAGGAAUUUAGCCUCCAGAUAAUGAAAUACUGGGCCAACUUUGCCCGCACUGGGGACCCCAAUGACAGAACGCUGCCCUACUGGCCACGCUUUGACAAGAACGAAAAGUACCAGCAGUUGGACUUCAAUACAAGUGUGGGUGUGAAGCUCAAAGAGAAAAAGAUGGCUUUCUGGAGAAGGCUGCACCAGCCUCGGAAAACUUAG